UGGAGUGGAGAAUCCGGACCCCAGUUGGAGAGUUCAGGCAACAGCUGGAGCACUUCACCGUCUUCAGUUAGUUCAUCUGCAUCCUGGCUUUUCAUUCAGAUGGAGUUAUGUGACAUCAGCACACUAAGAGACUGGAUAGAUUGUAGGAAAUACGAAUGAAUUUGAUAUAGACUUCCCAGAGAAGAAGACAAAGUCUGAGCUUCAUGCUAGACAUACUCAGUGGAGUUGAGUAUAUUCACUCCAAGAGGUUCAUCCACAGAGAUCUGAAGCCCACCAACAUCAUGUUCGGACUGGAUGGAAAAGUGAAGAUUGGAGACUUCGGUCUGGUUGCUUUCAAGGAUGCUGAUCAGCUGGAGAGAAGUCCGAACAAAGGGACUGAAUCCUACAUGGCUCCUGAACAGAAGAGUGAACUGACGUAUAAUGGAAAGGUUGACAUCUUUUCUUUGGGACUGAUCAUCUUCGAGCUUGUCUGGAAAAUCUCCACUAACCAUGAAAGAGGCCUGAUGUGGGGCAACGUCAGAGCUCAGAAGCUUCCUCAAGAGUUCAUUCACAGUUACUGGGAAGAGUUCCAAAUCAUAAAGCCAAUGCUGAGUGAGAAACCGGAAGACCGACCAGGAGCAAGUCAGGUCAAGGCACACUUGGAAGAGCACACUCACAGACUCGACAUACUAGAGAUCAGGACCCGUGGUAGCAGGAGUGUGUGAACCAGGAAGCUUCUUACUGUGAGGAAACAGUACUAACCACCACACCACUGUACAGAUUAUUCACAUAAAAUUUGAAAGGGAACUCCAGAACAUUAGUUUUAUUAUUAAUGUUUGUUUUUUUUUCUCUUGUUUUUUUUGGUUAUUUUACCAGUUUUAAGACUCAAACUGUGUAAAUUUGUGGUCAGGAUUUAUCAAAGUUAGUCACCUUAUAAAAAACAGGGAAAAGAUACAGUUGACGUGGUCAUCCUUUUAGUAAAUGAUCGCUUCUCUGUGAAGGACGUCUG